AGACCGGGGUGGGAGAGCGGGGGAGGGUUCCUGCCCCGCGCCGCUUUCUCCCCGCGCCGCCCCGCCCCGCCCCCGCGGUGGGGUUCCGGGCACUUAGCGGGCGACUGUGGCUUCCCCACCGAGCUCCCCGCGGCCCCGAGGAGUCAGCUCUGACAGUUGUGUGGAGCUGCAGAGGAGUCGUCUCUAAGCUUUUUCACAGUCUGUGGGCCCUGAGAGCCUGGAGCAGGAAUGAAGACCGUGCUCAUGGUAGCAGAAAAGCCGUCUCUGGCACAGUCCAUCGCCAAAAUCCUCUCCCGAGGGAACAUGUCCUCACACAAAGGGCUGAAUGGGGCAUGUUCAGUGCACAAGUACACAGGAACCUUUGCUGGCCAACCUGUCCACUUCAAGAUGACAUCUGUCUGUGGUCAUGUGAUGACCCUGGAUUUUCUGGGAAAGUACAACAAAUGGGAUAAGGUGGAUCCUGCAGAGCUAUUCAGCCAAGCUCCAACAGAGAAAAAGGAAGCUAACCCCAAGCUGAACAUGGUCAAGUUCCUGCAGGUGGAGGGCAAAGGCUGUGACUACAUUGUGCUGUGGCUGGACUGUGACAAGGAAGGCGAGAAUAUUUGCUUUGAGGUCCUUGAUGCCGUUCUGCCUGUCAUGAAUAAUGCCCACAGUGGUGAGAAGAUUGUGUUCCGGGCCAGGUUCAGUUCCAUCACUGACACGGACAUCUGCAAUGCCAUGACCCGCCUGAGUGAGCCAGACCACAAUGAGGCACUCUCAGUGGAUGCCCGCCAGGAGCUAGACCUGCGCAUCGGCUGCGCGUUCACCAGGUUCCAAACAAAGUAUUUCCAGGGAAAAUAUGGAGAUUUAGACAGUUCUCUCAUCUCCUUUGGACCAUGUCAGACUCCUACCCUGGGAUUCUGUGUGGAAAGACACGAUAAAAUCCAGUCCUUCAAGCCAGAGACCUACUGGGUUCUCCAGGCCAAGGUUCACACCAAUAAAGAGGAGUCUCUCCUUUUGGACUGGGACCGUGUCAGAGUUUUUGACCGGGAGAUUGCGCAGAUGUUUUUAAACAUGACAAAGCUAGAGAAAGAAGCUCAGGUGGAGGCUACAAGCAGGAAAGAAAAGGCCAAGCAGAGACCACUUGCUCUGAACACUGUGGAGAUGCUGCGUGUGGCCAGCUCAGCCCUGGGUAUGGGACCACAGCAUGCCAUGCAGAUAGCUGAGAGGUUAUACACACAGGGCUACAUCAGCUACCCACGGACAGAAACCACCCACUAUCCUGAGAACUUUGACCUGAAGGGUUCUCUGCGACAGCAGGCCAACCACCCUUACUGGGCAGACUCGGUAAAGCAGUUGUUAGCAGAAGGCAUCAACCGCCCACGGAAAGGCCAUGAUGCUGGUGACCAUCCUCCCAUCACACCUAUGAAGUCAGCUACAGAGGCUGAAUUAGGGGGUGAUGCAUGGCGACUAUAUGAGUACAUUACCAGACACUUCAUUGCCACAGUGAGCCAUGACUGCAAGUAUCUCCAGAGCACUAUCUCCUUCAGGAUCGGGCCUGAACACUUUACAUGCUCAGGAAAGACAGUCAUCUCCCCAGGCUUCACAGAGAUCAUGCCUUGGCAGAGCGUGCCCCUGGAAGAGAGUCUACCCACAUGCCAGAAGGGUGACACCUUCGCUGUGGGCGAGGUGAAGAUGCUAGAGAAGCAGACGAGUCCACCAGACUAUCUGACUGAGGCUGAGCUCAUCACACUCAUGGAGAAGCACGGCAUCGGGACUGAUGCCAGCAUCCCUGUGCACAUCAACAACAUCUGCCAGCGCAACUAUGUUACUGUGGAGAGUGGCCGCAGGCUCAAACCCACCAACCUUGGCAUCGUCCUGGUGCAUGGUUACUACAAGAUUGAUGCAGAGCUGGUACUCCCUACCAUCCGCAGCGCAGUAGAAAAGCAGUUGAACCUGAUUGCUCAGGGCAAAGCUGACUACCACCAGGUCCUGGGUCACACCCUGGAUAUCUUCAAGAGAAAAUUCCACUACUUUGUUGAUUCUAUUGCUGGCAUGGACGAGUUGAUGGAGGUAUCCUUUUCACCCCUGGCUGCCACGGGCAAGCCUCUCUCACGUUGUGGGAAGUGCCAUCGAUUUAUGAAGUAUAUCCAGGCCAAGCCAAGCCGCCUACACUGCUCCCACUGUGACGAGACCUACACCCUCCCCCAGAAUGGCACCAUCAAGCUCUACAAAGAGCUGCGGUGCCCAUUGGAUGACUUUGAACUGGUCCUGUGGUCCUCAGGCUCCCGGGGCAAGAGCUACCCACUAUGUCCCUACUGCUAUAACCACCCACCCUUCCGAGACAUGAAGAAAGGCAUGGGCUGUAAUGAGUGCACACACCCUACCUGCCAGCACUCACUGAGCAUGCUGGGCAUUGGCCAGUGCGUGGAGUGCGAGAACGGAGUCCUGGUUCUGGACCCCACCUCGGGUCCCAAGUGGAAGGUGGCCUGCAAUACAUGCAACGUGGUGGCACACUGCUUUGAAAAUGCCCACCGAGUACGGGUGUCUGCCGACACCUGCAACACCUGUGAGGCUGCCUUGCUUGAUGUAGACUUCAACAAAGCCAAGUCUCCCCUUCCUGGCAACGAGACACAGCACACAGGCUGCAUCUUCUGUGAUCCCGUCUUCCAGGAGCUGGUGGAGCUGAAACAUGCAGCCUCCUGCCACCCCAUGCACAGAGGUGGUCCUGGAAGGAGGCAGGGUCGUGGGCGUGCCCGGGGCCGGAGGCCUCCUGGAAAGCCCAACUCCAGGCGCCCAAAAGACAAGAUGUCAGCCCUGGCUGCUUACUUUGUAUGACAACCCGUCUUCCCCACUCCAGCUCCAGUUUGCUGUAAACACAUCAUGGUGGUUGUCUUUGAGCCACUGAAACCAUUAAAACACUUUUUAUUUUGUA